AUGGACGACUCCACUGGACCUCAGCCCACAGUAUUUUCUCCUCCAUCAAGGCGGUUAAGUGAUGUCCUAAAGAGGAAACGGCUACCUAAAAGAGGGCCCAGAAGGCCCAAAUACUCUCCCCCAAGAGAUGAUGAUAAAGUAGACAAUCAAGCCAAGAGCCCUACCAGUACUCAGUCACCCAAAUCAUCUUUCUUGGCCAGUCUUAAUCCUAAAACCUGGGGCAAGCUGGGUGCCCAGACCAACAAUGCUAACUCGGAGCCCUCACGCAGCGGAGUGAGUGGUCUGGCAAGGGCACCUCCCAAGGACUCAAUUUCAAAUAAUAGAGACAAAAUAAAAGCUUGGAAAGAACAGGCAAGUAAGUUUGUGGAGCGCUACUUCAACUCUGAAAAUGUGGAUGGCAGCAACCCUGCACUGAAUGUACUCCAGAGACUUUGCACAGCCACUGAGCAGCUCAACCUCCAGGUGGACGGUGGUAUGGAGUGCCUGGUGGAGAUCUCCAAUAUUGUAUCGGAGUCUGACGUGUCGUCUUUUGAGAUCCAGCACAGUGGACUGGUGAAGCAGCUCCUGGUCUACCUGACCUCCAACACUGACAGAGACUUGCUCAGCCGCGACGUGCGGCUCAAGAGGUUCCUUCAUGUGUUUGCUGGCUGUCCGGUUCCAGGAAUGGAGCCUGUAAGUCGUCUGGACCCAACAGAGAAUGGUCCGUACUUGGCACUAGUGCAUAAAAUGAACAGCUGUCUGAGCCAAAGGCAGUUUCCUGUCAAAGUGCAUGAUUUCCCCAGUGGCAACGGCAAUGGCAGCAGGGGCUCUCAGGCAUUGAAAUUCUUCAACACACAUCAGCUCAAGUGUCAGCUGCAGAGACACCCAGAUUGCACUAAUGUUAAACAGUGGAAAGGCGGUCCUGUGAAGAUAGACCCCCUGGCCCUGGUGCAAGCCAUUGAAAGAUAUCUCGUUGUUAGAGGGUACGGCCGAAUCAGAGAAGAGGAUGAAGACAGUGAUGACGACGGUUCAGAUGAUGAAAUCGAUGAAUCACUGGCGGCACAGUUCCUGAACUCUGGCAGUGUACGUCACAGACUACAGUUCUACAUUGGUGACCACCUGCUACCAUACAACAUGACUGUAUACCAGGCUGUACGGCAGUACAGUCUUCAGGCAGAAGAAGAAAGAGAGUCGACAGACGAUGAGGCAAACCCACUUGGGCGAGCUGGCAUCUGGACCAAAACUCACACAAUAUGGUAUAAGCCUGUGAGAGAGGACGAGGACGGCAGCAAAGACGCUGUGGGUGGAAAGCGGGGCCGAGCCCAGACUGCUCCCACCAAAACCUCACCUCGUAACGCCAAGAAGCAGGAUGAGCUGUGGCAUGGUGGUGUGUGUCCCAGUGUCAUCAAUCCCUUAGAGACAUACCUCACUUCGGAGCCACCAGAGACCAUAACCUUUGAUGACCCCUCUUUAGAGGUCAACCUGCUGCUGAGGGUCCUGCACUCCAUCAGUAGAUACUGGUUUUACUUGUAUGAUAAUGCUGUGUGUAAGGAAAUCAUCCCUACCAGUGAGUUCAUUAACAGUAAGCUGACAGCCAAAGCUAACCGUCAGCUACAAGACCCACUGGUCAUCAUGACGGGAAACAUCCCUACUUGGCUCAUUGAGCUCGGAAAGACGUGUCCUUUCUUCUUCCCCUUUGACACCCGGCAGAUGCUAUUCUACGUAACUGCCUUUGAUCGUGACCGAGCCAUGCAACGCCUACUGGACACAAACCCUGAGAUCAACCAAUCAGAUUCUCAGGACAGCAGAGUUGCACCGCGUCUUGACAGGAAGAAGAGGACGAUAAACCGCGACGAGUUGCUGAAACAGGCAGAGUCUGUGAUGCAGGACCUCGGCAGCUCCAGGGCAAUGUUAGAGAUUCAGUAUGAGAACGAGGUUGGCACAGGUCUUGGCCCCACUCUGGAGUUCUAUGCUCUGGUGUCUCAGGAGCUCCAGCGGGCUGAUCUCGGCCUGUGGAGGGGCGAAGAGGUCACGCUGGCCAAUCCUAAAGGUAGCCAAGAGGCAACUAAGUACAUGUUCAGCUCCAGAGGACUGUUUGCUGUUCCCUUCGGCAGGACAACCAAACCAGCACACAUAGCCAAAAUCAAAAUGAAGUUCCGUUUCUUAGGAAAGCUAAUGGCGAAAGCCAUUAUGGACUUCAGAUUGCUGGACUUACCCCUGGGGCUGCCAUUUUAUAAGUGGAUGCUACGGCACGAGAUGUCCAUAAGCUCCCAUGACCUGGUGAACAUUGACCCCGGUGUGGCAAAGUCCAUCCAGCACUUGGAGGAUAUUAUCCGCCAGAAAAAGAGGCUGGAACAGGACAGAUCACAGACGAGGGAGACCCUACAGCAGGCACUGGAGAGCCUGAACAUGAACGGCUGCUCAGUGGAGGACCUGGGUUUGGACUUCACCCUUCCAGGAUACCCCAACAUUGAGCUGAAAAAGGGCGGCAAAGACUUUGCAGUCACAAUCUACAACCUGGAGGAGUACCUCAGGUUGGUGGUGUACUGGACUCUAAAUGAAGGGGUGUCCAGACAGUUUGAGUCAUUUAGGGAGGGGUUUGAGUCCGUCUUCCCCUUGCAUCACCUGCAGUAUUUCUACCCAGAGGAGCUUGACCAGUUGCUGUGUGGUAGUAAAUCAGAGACAUGGGACGUAAAGACACUGAUGGAAUGCUGUCGACCGGACCACGGCUACACACAUGACAGCCGUGCCGUACGGUUCCUGUUUGAGGUGUUGAGCAGCUUUGAUGCCGAGCAGCAAAGACUUUUUCUGCAGUUUGUCACAGGAAGCCCCAGACUACCUGUCGGUGGUUUCCGGAGCCUGAAUCCCCCUCUGACGAUUGUGAGGAAGACAUUUGAGUCAACAGAGAACCCGGAUGACUUCCUCCCCUCAGUUAUGACCUGUGUCAACUACCUGAAGCUGCCUGACUACUCCAGCAUAGAGAUAAUGCGAGAGAAACUGUUGAUUGCGGCCCGCGAGGGCCAGCAGUCUUUCCACCUUUCCUGAUCUCUCCACAUCUCACAUUCAAAUGCCUUCUACAGCGACUGAUGAAAUCAUGACUUCCUUCUUAGUUUUUUGUAACCACAUACAUUAAGGCUACAUGUACAGCCUUCUUGUUAGAGAAAGCAGCUUGCAGAAAAUUAAGACUCUAAAUAUAUAUUGCUGCCCCAGUCUCUCAAAAACAAAAAUGGUUCCAUGACUCACAGAACUAAAAUAUAAAAAAGAGAGAAAGUAAAACUUAUAUCAGUAGUUGAGUAAUGUUAAAAAAAAAAAAAAAAAUUUAAAAAAAGAUAAACAUCUGGGUGACAUUUUAAAUUGCAUUGCUAUGUGAUAUUUAAAAAGGGAUGUCUCCUCUCCAGAAUGGUGGACAACCUUACUGGGUGACGGGGUGGACGGGGAGGGAGGGUCAGGGGUGGGGGGGUUCCAUCGAGCAAGCUAGGUUUACUUCAGCUCCAAAGAUCAUUUGUACAGACAAAUUUGCAGACUUUGCUCAUUCUACACAUUUGAUAGAAUAGCUCUUUGUUCUCAUGUCUCUUCCCCUCAGUUCGUCUGAUCACAUUUUGUUGUGUAUUAUAUUGGCCCCAGUUCGUGUGUUGCAUUUUGGUUCGGCUUCUCUCCCCCCCCCCCCCCAUGUGUCUUUGCUUCAAGCUGUGGAAAAACGAGAGUUGCUGUUGGUUGAAUGCGGGUAGUGAUGAGCGCAUAUUAUCUUUUUUUUCCUCCCCUCUACCCAAGUUGAGAUUGUGUUCUGGCCUCCUUUAUUAUAGAGAGCUCCAGCUCCAAUGGAGAGUUGUAACCAAUGUGUUGAUCAGGUAAAUUUUGUUUUGCUCUUAUUUUGAUAGUGUCUUUCUGUUGGGCCCUACCUGAUGUGUAGGGUUAUCUUGGUAGACCAAGCUCUGAGCAACCCUCAACACAUAUUGUAGCUGGGCACAAAAUUUGGCUGGUCUCAUUUUAUCGUUUCAUGGCCAGAUAGCAUUUGAAGUUCAUUUAUGAAAUAAAGUUUAUAUGCAGUUUCACACCACAUUUGAGGUGGGAAUGUCUGCUUUACUUUUAUUUUUUUUAUUUUCUAUAUUGUCUUUAUUUCUUGCUGUAGUUGAUUAUUAUUAUUUUUUUCUUUGCACUGCUGGCUUGGAACAAACCGUGGUGUGCACCUGCAGUCUGUGGCCAGGGGAUGGCGCCACUGUAUGUUCUCCUGGCCCAAUCGUUCAUGUGCUGGUUUCUAAGAUCUGCAAUAAUUUACUGCAUCAGGUUCAUGUUUUUACCUGAACAUAAAUAAAGUAACUGUUUGACUCA